AUGAAGUUCUCCUAUGUCCUUGUCGCACUUUCAGCCCUCACAUUCUCUACUGCUUUACCCGUUAUCCGACCUGGCUCCAUCAAUGGCUUGGUCGCUCGAGGGGGAAACUCUACUUCGUCAUUAUCCGGUAAUUCCACAGCCUCCACAGCCUCCACGGCAUCAUCAACAUCUUCCGGUAGCGCAAAGCCAACCACAGCAAUCAACUUGGAAGAUAUAAACGAGAAUGUGGCCUCAUCGAAAGCAACAUCCGGCAGCAAAAAAGUCACAGCAGCACAAGUCAAGUCAGCUGUCUCCGGAUUCGCCAGCGAUGCCAAUACUGUAUCAGCAGCCUUGAAUAAACUUCCCAGUAUGACGGAUAAAUCGGAUAUCUCAGCGCUAGCCGGAAAAGCAUUCGCUGCCGAAUCAGAUGAGGACUCUCAAAGAUCAGUCCUCUUUGCCGCGGCAGGUAGUGCAGGUUCUUCAGCAAACAGCAAAAUUGUCAAGAAUACCCCUGCGGUUCUGAAAGGCUUGAAAGCUAUGAUGACAAACCCCUCAACUGCUUCUGUUAAAUCUAACGUGGCUACCAUUGAAAAUGCUCGAAACCCAAAUAUUCUCCCGAGCAUCACACAACUCUCAAACGCAGCACUAGGCGCAAUGAGUCUCUCUCAGACGGCGCAAAAGUUCCCUGCUACCGGAAGUAAUUAG